AUGCUCUCAGGUAUAGCAAAUUUCGUGCUUCGCGCCUUCCAAGCGCUCUUUGCCAUCGUCGUUAUCGGACUCAGCGUCACGCUGAUCCGCGGCCACCAUUGGGGCAGUCUGCCCUGGCAACUCGGAUUCGCGUGUUUCGCAGGUGGCCUGGCAUUCAUCGCCGCGCUGAUUGGACUCGCUGGGUCAUUUUUCUCCUUUUUGGAGGGAAUGGUUGGAAUGAUUAUUGAUGGGGUGGUUGCUGUUUUUAAUAUCCUGGGGGGAAUUAUCCUCGCGGUUAAACUCGACGGCGUAAAGUGUGAGAUUAAUGACUCAGCGCGUAAUGCUGUCGCACUCGUGGAGAAUGAAUUGUUGAAUGGCGGUACGAGAGAUAAGGUUACCUGGGUCGAAUACCAGCACCAGAAGAAUGUGAAGAAGGCAGAAGAUGUCAUUUUGUCUCAUUGUAGGGAGGCACAGGCUGACACUGUGUUUUUAUUUUUGACUGCGGUGGUGCUGCUUGUUAGUGGAGUGUUGCUGUUUUUGAGGGCGAGAAAAGGGUAUUAG